AUGCACCAGUUUAGAGAGCACGGGAAACUUGGAGAGCCCAGACUGGUACUCUCCUUGUUCUACACGCUGUCUGAGUACUUGUGCGCUGGCAUACCCGAUAUAACAGCAAAGGAAAAAAAAAACGGCUGUUUUUCAAAACGUCCCAGCAGAGUUUCUUGCAAAAUACUGUUUAGAAAUUCAGAACCAUUGAAUUGACGUUUUCUUGAUUUUUAAGACAUCUUUUUGUUCUCAGGAACGGCCUGAGCCUCAGGGAUUGUAUUAUGAAAAAUCAUAGCAGAGUUUUGGGGGAAAUUUUGACAAAAAUCGGAAAUUAUAAUUGCCAAUUUUUGCAGCGAACUUUUGUCAUUGAAACAGCGAAUUUUCUGAUUUUAAAGACGUGUUUUGUCUCAGAAACGACCUGAGCCGUACAGACCUGUAUUCUAGAAAGUCAUGGCAGGGUUUUUGAUAAAAAUUUACUUAUUCUGAAAGUUUUGAUUGCUUUAUUUUUUAAUUUUCAAAGUGAACUUUAACACUUAAAAUGGAUGAUUUUCCGAUUUUGAAGACGUAUUUUUGUUCUCAAGAAGGACCUGAGCCUCAGGAACCUGUAUCAUGAAAAAUCAAGGUUUUUGGAAAGUUUUGACAAAAAUCGAAAGUUAUAAUAACUUAGUUUUAAACGAACUUCAACCCUUAAAAAGGACAUUUUCCCAAUUUUAAAGACAUAUUUUUGUUCUCAGAAACGACCUGAGCCGAACGGGGACGUUGUCCACGAGCUCGAGCGGCUCGAUGGCCUCGUUCCUCUCGGCGCGGAAGCUGAACGAGGUGGAGAUGGCGACGGCGGAGACGCCGACGGUGUGGGUCCAGUCGCAGGUGAAGAAGUACUCGCGUCGGGACGCCCUCCUCGCCGCCGUCAUGGUCAACGGCUUCGACGGCAACAUCCUCGGCACCAACCAGCUCUUCUUCACCAACGUCUUCCGCGACAUGGCCUUCCAUCGUCGCUGGGCCAUCGCUAAUCUUUGA